CAGUCGAUUCUGCUCCUAAACCAACAUCAAGUUUACCACCGCCUGGUCAACCGUUAACGAAAUCGUCAGGACAUAAAUAACACACAACUAUCAUACGUUGGAACAUAAAUGGAAUAUUGAAUAGUUCGGAACACAAAUGACACUUUCUAUAUAGUUUGGGUUUCCCAGUGGUAUUAGCCCUAAAAGAUUUGACCCCUUCAAAUCACACAUAUUAGAGGUGCCAAUGAGAUAUCAAUAAUAAAAUUUAACAGUGUAAAAUAAUAUUAAGAGUAAGAAGUUGUGUUACCUAGCCAUAUUCUGUCUAUUAAGUAUUAACUUCUUUAAAUGAUUUUACCUUGAACUCCUAUUUUACUAGGGAUGGCAAAAAUAUCCGUAACAGUGGAUAUCCGCCCGAAUCUAGCCUAAUCGGGUAGGGUAAAACUCGAAUCCGAAGGACAUUUAGUGGGUACGGGUAAAAUCUGAACCCGAAUAUUGCGGGUAAUGGGUGGGCAUGGGUUUCUCACUAUCCAACCCGAACCCGCCCGAUUAUACACAUGCAUAUGUAUUUUUUCUAGAAAUAAUCAUUAUUUUUCUCUAAAAUGUUUUAUAUGUAGCAUAUAAAUAUAAUAUUUUCAUGAAAUUGUGUAGUUUUAAUUAAUUUUCUUCAUUCUACUGAAUUAUUGUCGUACUUUUCCUCUUGCGUAAUGUGAGAAUACGUGUGAAUGUUAACAUAUUGCUUGUAGUUAUGAAGAGAAAUUAUUACCCAUGGAUAACCGUGGAUACCCGAAACCCGAACGGGUAUGAGCAUGGUUUUAAUUUUCUAUCCAUUUCACAUGUGGGUAUGAGUAUGGGUAAAACCCGAAAUACUAUGGGUAGGGUAACGGAUAUGCACUAUCCGUGCCCGAUCCGACCCAUUGCCAUCCCUAUAUUUUACCAUUAGUCUUCCUACUAUACUUUAUCUUGGCUAAAAGGUCGAGAUAAGUAUCUUACUCUUCAUACUUAGUUUAGUGUAAUAUUAUUGACUAUAGAGUCCAAUUGACUUUUAUACUUACCCGAAUAACUUUAUUUAGUGGUCGAGCCAUAAAAUUAAGACCACACAAUUAAUUGUAUAAUAUUAUAUAUGAUCAUGGGAUACCCGACCAGCCAAAUCCAAUGUGACUGGUUCAUUUGAUUUGGUUUAACCAAAUUCCAACAAUGCUAUAUAGCAUUGGUGCUAUAGGUUUUACCUUUAUGGUACAACUUGAAAUUGUACCUUUAAUGUUACGGUACAACUUCAAAUUGUACCUAUACUUUUUGUACAAAUUCUUUUAUGGUACAACUUAAACUUGUACCUUAUGUGAUGGUAGGGAUGGCAAUUUCGACCUGACCCGUUUUACCCGACCUGUUUGACCUGUUUUGGGGCGCGUCCGACCCGCCCCGUAGGCGGGGCAGGGCGGGCAUGGGUAGUCUCAUCGACCCGACCUGCCCUGACCCGCCCCAUUCUCGACCCGUUCUUGUCUAAAUUACAUGUAAUCUUAGUCAAAUUACUUAGAAUUUUCCUUUUAUUGCAUCAUGUUUUAGCUAUAAUAAAGUUGUAAAUUAGUAAAAACUUCAAUUUCUCCAAUAAUUUAACUACAAUUGUCAUAAUAUUGUUUGUUUUCUUAGUCUUAUAAUAAAAAUAACGAAUAUUUCUAAUGUUUUUCAUAUAAAUUGCAUACCCAUUGGGUCGACCUGCCCCAACCCGCGACCCGUGAUCAAUUACCCGACCUGGACCCGACCUGCCACGGGGCGGGUCUGGGUACCAAGAAACCCGCCCCGGACCUGCCCCAUUGCCAUUCCUAUGUGAUGGUACAACUUGAAGUUGUAAAAUUGUACCAUAACAUAAUGAUACAAAUUCAUUUAUGGUACAACCUAAACUUAUACAUUUAAUGUUAUGGUACAACUUCAAGUUGUACAUUAAAGCACCAAUACUAUAUAGCAUAAUAGAAGUGCUCGUCUCUUGAAUGAAAAUUAUGUUUUAAUUUAAUUAGUCCAAUUCUAAUUGGACGGUUUGCAUUUAUUUAAAUGCAUGGGCCAAAUCAAAUUUGCAUGCACAGUUUUGCAAGGUACAUGGCCAAUUAUAUUUAGACAUUGUAAAGGUUCAUGGCCACGUUUCAUUUAAAUUGAAAAAAGUGAAAUGGUGUGUUCUUUCCAAGCGGCCGCAAAUUGGAAAGAUACAAUCUUUCAAUGUAGCGGUUCAUCCUCUAUAAAUAAAGAGCACUCCGCUGGUGGAUAAAUGCACCAUGAAUGGAUUUCAUUCCUCUUCUCCCUAGUAAAACUUCUAAGUAUACUUUAGUUUCUUAAGCCUGGAUUUUGAAGUGGUGAUAAUUUUAUCCUACGAAAAAAUUUCCUGUAACUCAAGAUUUUGUAGAGGGUGGAAAUAUUCUUUACGGAAAGUGAACGUUGUUCAGGACUCUAUCAUAAUCCUGAUCACCCAAUCUCGAACUAUCGUACGUGUAUCCUCGUCCCUCAAAGUCCCAACAAUAAUAAAAAAAUAUUAAAACGUAAUUUUCAUUCAAGAAACAUGUCUCUUGAUGAAACAACGGUCAUGUAAUUCAAUCAUCAAUUGGGUAUUCGGUCCAGCCAAAUUCAAUGUGACUGGUCAAUUUGAUUUGGUUUGACCAAAUUCCAACAAUUUGAUGAUGGAGAUCAUCGCUGAUUAGUUGAUUGGAACCUAUAAAUGUUUCUAGCCGAUUGAAUGAACUCAGAAUCGUUCAAUUUGAUGUCUCUGCCUAAGAGACUCUUGCUUGAGAUGAGCCUUACUUUUCGUUUAUAAUUUUAUUUUAAAUAAAUUGAGGAAGAGAUGAAAAAAACUUAGAUGGAGAUAUCAUAAUCAACAAUCAAAGUUUGGGUGAUUAAACUAUGGUUGAAAGAAAUAAGAUACUUUAAUAUCAACCAUAAUGAUAAAAAACUAAAAAUUACAUAUAAAUAAUAAAAUAAUGAUUUUGAUUUUAAAUUUAUAUUAUUUUUUAUGACAUGACACUUUAACCGUUAGUCAACGAUGUUUACCGCCCAAUCUGACAGUCAACUCACAUGUCGGGCCAAAUUAGUCUAAAUGCUAAAUUGUUUAAACUAGGGUGAGUAGUUCAGAAACCACAGACCAAUAUAGUCUAUUUGUGUAAAGUUCGAGCCAAAUUAAUAUAUUAACCCUAAUUUUAUCCUCGCAAGAGCAUGUAAUAGAGGGUGAAAAUAUUAUUUACGAAAACUGAAUGAGUACCAUUCUAUCACAAUUUUAGUAUCUAAAUUUCGAGUUUUUGUGCAUAUAAUCUUUUUCAUAUAGUACUAAAAAGCGUUUUUAAAUUUGGGAAGGAAGUUGAAAGACGUGAAGAAUAAUAGACGAACAAAUAAUAUAUUUGUUGAGAUCGAUGGAAGUACAAUUUUAGUAGCCAAGUUAGAGAAGAUAGAACAUAAUCUAAGAGGAAUCAAACAUGAAAAGUUCAAAUAAAACCAUAUGAUUACAUUACAUAUGUGAGAAACUAUGGCACUUAUGGAAGUUCUAAACAUGGACAUAAUUAUAUCCAAUGAAUGGAUGGACGGAUUCUGUUAAAAAAAUGAAAAGAAUGGAUGAACCAAUGAAAUAAAUAUGGACAUAAUUCUUUACAUUUCCUUUUUGUAAUUAUGGAAUAAACAUAUAUUGUUUGAUUUCUUGCUAGCUAUCUACAGGAUCGGCAAUUGUUCCACCGGUGCUAUUAUAUAAACUGAGUCCACUGAACAAAGGUUCUCCAUGCAAAGGACUUAGAAUAAGAAAGGCAUUAGGGUUUUAAAAGUAAAAAAAAUGAAAUCCGCCUACGUUCAGAUCUCAUUUUUUGCUCUUCUUUUGGUCGUUGCAUCAUGUGAUCGUCUAUCAACUACAAAGCAAAAUUUGGAGAUGGGCAGUGUCGAAGGCGACGGAGCAACGAAUUUGAAGGGAGGAGUAAGUACGGCCGCGCAGCCGGUGGUGGUGCUUUGCAAUGCCAAUACAGAUUGCGCCAUCCUAGUUUGCCAAAAGGGCUCGCCGCAAUGUUUUGACCACCACUGCUUUUGCACCUCAUCAUGAAUCAAUCUCCUUUUAUCUAUGAAUGACAGGGAGCUCAUGUAAUUUUCCACCGAUUUUAUGAGAUAUCAAUAAAUAAUAAAAUUACCGUUUUCCUCAAAAGAAAAGAAAGACACAUAUAAUAACACCCACUAACAUCGUGUGUCUAUGAAUAUGAAUCCCGAUCAAGGCGAUGGUUGGUGGGCAGGUGACCUAAUGAAUCCCCCUUGAGAUUUUAUUAACUGGGGUCACAGCUAGGGUGGCAGUCGGACGGUUUCGGUUUAACCAAAAAUCGAAAACCCGGUUAUCGGUUAAACCGAACCAUCCCCUAUAGCUGCCGACCACCGACCGUGAUAGAGGUCACGGUUAGCCGGCCAACCGACCGGUCGAUUUCGAUUUUAGGCUCGGUUAGUCGGCCAACCGGAAAACUAGCUUUUCUACCUAAAAAAAAAAAAUUCUGCACCACUCAUCCCUUAUCUCCUCCUCUCUCCUUCCCUCCUCCACCAGACACUUCUCUUCUCUCUCCUUCCUUCCUCCACCAUUUCACACCCACCACCACCAAACCACUUCUUCUUCUCUCCUUCCUUCCUCCAUUUCUCAUCCCAACCUCGUGGACCGCUGCCCAACAAUACCUCCCGUCGACGCUCCAACCCGCUUCCGCUUCCCGACCAUAGACCUCCAGGCCGCUGAUUGAGCUCGCCGGGAUUAAUCUCGAGUGGGGCUUGUUCUUUAGAGCGAAUUCGUACCUAGCGCCGGCGGGGGAGGAGGGCUGGCUUGCGGCCGACGGAGGGAGGAAGGCGGGGUCGGUGUUCCACCGGAUUAGGGCUCGCCGGGGCGACGAGGGUGGAGGCGGCGGGUUGUCGCCUGGCUGCUGCUGGUGGCGGGGCGACGAGGUGGAGGCGGCGGGGAGAGGUUUUUUGCGCCGCUGCGCGAGAAGGGGGAAGGGUUGAGCGGCGCGGCGAAUGUCGAAUGCUUUUGGAGGAGGAGGGAGUCGACUUAGGGUUAGGGAGGAGGAGGAUUGAAGCGGGGUCGUUUUGGGGAAAGGGAAGGGGUCGGUUAGCCGCUUAACCGGCAGUUUCGGACCCCGGUUAGUCGGCUAGCCGAACCUCUUCCCAUCUCCACUGCCAACCGACCGAUGCAAGCAGAAACGGUUUUUCGGUUAGCCAAAAACCGGUCGGUUCGGUUGAAACCGUUCGGUUAACUGCUAACCGUAAACCGUUCUGCCACCCCUACUCACAGCCCUCAGCUGGUGACCUAUCGUACAUUUAAUCCAUGAUCCACAUAAGGCUAAUUUCACGAUUUCGUUUGCUCGAAAGAAUAACUAGAAAAAGAGAUUGGAUAAACAAAAUACGAAUUAUGAUUGAUAGGUAAUUCUGAGCCAUAAAAAUUACCUCAUUAUCAUAGGCGGAGGCAGGGGUGUUUGCCCCUGUCUCGGAUAAACAAAAUAACUCCACAUUAUCAUAGGCGGAUAAACAAAAUACGAAUAAUGGUUGAUAGGUAAUUCUGAGCCAUAACAAUUACCUCAUUUACAUAGGCGGAGGCAGAGGUGUUUGCCCCUGUCCCGAGACAGGGGUAACUUUUGGGGAGUGGAAAAAAUAACUCCACAUAUAUUUGUACAAAUCGAAUUAAACAUUUACAAGUAACAUAAGGAUAUUUUAACAUUACAACAUAACUCAUUACUUAUUCAUUAAUUUACAAAAAAUAGCUCAUUAUUGGAAUGCUCGACGCCCCCAUCACAAAAGUCAUACAUCUUGUUCAACCAGUGUUUGUGAAAAUCAUGUCGUAGUGAUGGUUCGACCAUAAAAAUACACUAUCGGUAGGUGCUUUUUAGCACUAUGAAGUUCAACCGCGAUUUUAGUACAAAUUAUCCUAUCGCUAGCUUUUCUGGUACAACUUUCGGUACGAUUUUGCAAUACUUGGUUGAAACUGAGUACCGCAAAACAAAGGUGGUCAAAAGUG